UCAGAGACUGCAGACAUACUACAGCUGACGGUCAGAGACUGCAGACAUACUACAGCUGACGGUCAGAGACUGCAGACAUACUACAAGAGAGGGUCAGAGACUGCAGACAUACUACAAGAGAGGGUCAGAGACUGCAGACAUACAACAGGUGAUGGUCAGAGACUGCAGAUAUACUACAGGAGAUGGUCAGAGACUGCAGAUAUACUACAGGAGAUGGUCAGAGACUGCAGAUAUACUACAGGAGAGAUGGUCAGAGACUGCAGACAUACUACAGGAGAUGGUCAGAGACUGCAGACAUACUACAGGAGAUGGUCAGAGCCUGCAGAUAUUACAGGA